AUGACGGACGCACCAGACUUUGACGUCGUCAUUAUUGGCGCAGGCAUUUCUGGCAUCAACUCCGCAUAUCGCAUCCAGACCAACUUCCCCAACUACAGAUACUGCAUCCUCGAGGCGCGGGACGCCCUCGGAGGAACGUGGGAUCUCUUCAAGUAUCCCGGCAUCCGCUCAGACUCUGACCUCUUCACAUUUGGCUUCCAAUGGCACCCGUGGGGUGGAAACAACCCCAUUGCUACGGGCGAGUCUAUCCUCUCAUACCUCGCCGAGGCGUCUUCAACAUACGGCAUCGACAAACACAUCCACUUCCAACACAGGCUUCAACACGCAUCCUGGUCCACGGAAUACCAAGAAUGGACGCUCUCCGUAACUCGUGGCAGCAAAGGCGAAGCCGCAACCAUCUCCUCCCGAUUCGUCGUCUUCGGCACGGGAUACUACGACUACAGGACGCCUUUGGAGACGCAUAUCCCUGGGAUCGAUAACUUCGCCGGCCAGGUCGUCCAUCCGCAGUUCUGGCCAGAGAAACUCGAUUACACGGACAAGAAGAUCGUCGUCAUUGGCUCCGGCGCGACGGCAGUUACCCUUGUGCCCAAGCUAGCCGAGAAAGCCAAACUCGCAACCAUGCUUCAACGGAGUCCAUCGUACAUUGUCCCUUUGCCCAAUCGCUCUACGAGCUCCUUUUUCGACUAUAUCUUCCCGCGGGUCAUGGCCCGACGACUCGAGCGGUUGCGCUGGAUCAUCAGGUCCCGCCUCUUCUUCCUAUUCUGUACAACAUUCCCUUCCUCUGCGCGAUCGCUACUCAGACGCGGCAUACUACGACUCCUGCCAACAGGCAUGCCCUUUGAUCCGCACUUCAACCCAUCCUACAACCCAUGGACACAGAGAUUAUGCGUCUGCCCCGACGGAGAUUUCUACAAAGCCCUGCACACAGGACACGCCGACGUCGUCACCGGGACCAUCAAAUCCGUCACACCCGCCGGCAUCCAACUCAACUCAGGCAGCUUCCUCGACGCGGACAUUAUCGUCACAGCCACAGGGCUAAAGAUCCAGCUCAUGGGCGGCGCAACCAUGGACGUGGACGGGAAACCGGUCAGCCCAGGAGACAAGUUCAUCUGGCGAGGCGUCAUGCUGCAGGAUGUGCCGAAUGCCGCCCUUGUCAUGGGCUAUACCAAUGCCUCGUGGACUCUGGGUGCCGAAGCCACUGCCACAUUGGUUGUGCGACUGCUCCGAGACUUGCGGCAGAAGGGGUUCACGAGCAUCGUGCCGAGGGUGCAGAAUCCGGAAGAGCUGGACGAGGUGCCGUUUUUUAAUCUGAACUCGACGUAUGUGAAGAAGGCGACCGGGAAGAUGCCCAAGGCUGCGACGACGGGAGCGUUUGCAGUGAGGUCGAAUUAUUUGGCUGAUGAGUUGAAGGCUAGGUUUGGGGGUUUGGAUGACUUGGAGUGGGUGAGUGGUGGUGGGAAUGAGAAGGCGUGA